AGAUGCCUUCACACUCUCACACACACUCUUCUGAGCAUCACACACACCGAAACUACGCUUGGAUUCACCUGGCUGUAAAGGAUUCUGUUAAACAGAUCUGAAGUCUAUCGGAUGCGCUCCUCUGGAAUGAGCCCAUGCUGACACCAUACUCCUGGACCCUCUCGCUUUUCCUAAGUUCGGGAGUGGUUGUUCCGGUAACAAUGAGUGGACCACUGUCCUUCGCUGGACUUGUCUUCUUCCACCUCCUCUCUUUGCCUCUCGUCACGUCACAGACGCCAUCGCUCCCAGCGACCUCUGACCCCGAGCCUGUGCCCUCUCUGCCUGAAGAGUGCCGGAGAAAACUGCACCCUGUUACCUCCUACACAGCUUUGAGCCCGUGGCUGUCCUCUUUCUCUAUGCCUGGAGUGAACGACUACUCGCCGCUCGCACUCGACUUCACCAGGAACCAGCUGAUAGUGGGAGCCAGGAAUCAUCUCUUCCGAUUGAGUUUGAGCAACAUCUCCCUCCUGCAGGCCACAGAAUGGGCCGUAGACGAGACCACCAGGAGGUCCUGCCAGAGCAAAGGAAAGACAGAGGAUGAGUGUCAGAACUAUGUUCGUGUCCUCCUGUUGAACGGCAGCCGUUUGUUUACCUGUGGCACUAAUGCUUUCAUGCCCAUCUGUACGACUCGUCCUAUUACUGACAUGGCGAGCGUUCUGGAGUCCAUCAGUGGGGUGGCGCGCUGUCCCUACGACCCUCGACACAACUCUACAGCGAUGAUAACUGAGAGUGGAGAAGUCUAUGCGGCCACUGUGACUGAUUUCUCCAGCCGUGACCCUAUUAUUUACCGCAGUCUGGGGAACAUGCCACCCCUGCGGACCGCCCAGUACAACUCCAAAUGGCUCAGUGAUCCUCACUUUGUCUCUGCGUACGAGGUGGGCCGCUUCACAUACCUCUUUCUCCGAGAGAACGCGGUAGAACAGGAUUGUGGGAAGAUUGUCUUCUCUCGUGUGGCCCGCGUGUGUCAGAAUGACAUCGGCGGUCGUUUCCUGCUGGAAGACACAUGGACCACCUUCAUGAAGGCUCGGCUGAACUGUUCCCGCUCUGGAGAUGUUCCCUUCUACUACCAUGAGCUGCAGAGCACCUUCUACCUCCCUGAGCAGGACCUCAUCUACGGAGUCUUCACCACCAAUGUGAACAGCAUUGCUGCGUCAGCAGUGUGUGCGUUUAACCUUAGUGCCAUCACACAGGCCUUUAACGGACCCUUCCGUUAUCAGGAGAACCCUCGGACCAGCUGGCUUUCCACUCCCAAUCCUAUUCCGAACUUUCAGUGUGGGACAGUGAAUGAUUCGGGUUCAGGCAGUAAUCUAACAGAGCGCAGUCUUCAAGACGCCCAGAGGCUCUACCUCAUGAGUGAGGUGGUUCAGCCCAUCUCCACAGAUCCUCUGGUCAUGCAGGACAACAUCCGUUACUCCAGGCUGGCCGUGGACAUCGUUCAGGGGAGGGACACGCUUUACCACGUCAUGUACAUCGGCACAGAGCACGGCACCAUCAUUAAGGCCUUGUCCACCAGUAAUAAGAGUCUGCGUGGAUGUUACCUGGAGGAGAUGAACAUUCUUCCAGAAAACAUGCAGGAGCCAAUCCUAAACCUACAGAUUCUGCACAACGAUAGGUCGCUUUUCGUGGGACUUCCCAGCAGAGUCCUGAAGAUCCCACUGGAGAGAUGCUCCAGCUACAAAACUGAACAGGAUUGUCUGGGCGCCAGGGAUCCGUACUGCGGAUGGGACCGGAGAGAGAAGCGCUGUACGACGAUUGAGGACAGUUCCAACAUGAGCCAGUGGAGCCAAGACAUCACAAAGUGCCCUGAGCGGAAACUUACCCAAGAUGGUGGAUUUGGCCACUGGUCCCCAUGGCAGGCUUGUAACCAUGAUGACGGAGGGGAAGGCACCAGCACGUGUCAGUGUCGCACCAGGUCCUGUGAUAACCCUCGACCCCAGUGUGGAGGGAUGAAGUGUGUCGGUGCCAACAUAGAGGUGGCCAACUGCUCCAGGAAUGGAGGCUGGACCCCCUGGUCGUCCUGGGCCGAGUGCAGCACCAGUUGUGGCAUUGGAUUUGAGGUCCGUCAGCGGUCCUGCAACAACCCAGCACCCCGUCACGGAGGACGCGUAUGCGUAGGUCAGGCGCGAGAGGAGAGAUUGUGUAACGAAAAGAAUCCAUGUCCUGUUCCGGUGUCCUGGCUCUCCUGGAGCGCUUGGUCCAAAUGUAGCGUUGCCUGUGGUGGUGGAGUCCAAUCCCGUGUUCGAACCUGCGAGAAUGGCAACACGUGUCCUGGUUGCCCUCUGGAGUACAAGGCGUGUAAUUUGGACGCGUGUGCCGAGGUGAGGCGCACCACGCCGUGGACCCCCUGGUACGCUGUUAAUGUGACUCAGAUGGGUGCGAGACAGGAACAGAGGGUCAGGUACACCUGUAGGGCUCUCCUCGCUGACCCUCACGACCUGCAGCUCGGCAAACGCAAGAUAGAGACUCGCCUCUGUCCCACCACUGACGGAGCUGCUGUCUGUGAGACUGACGGUCUAGUUGAGGACUUGUUGAGAAUGGGUCGACCCGUUACACGAGUGCAAGGAGCCGCCUGGUCAUCAUGGGAAACGUGGUCUGCAUGUUCCAAAGAGUGUUCCAAAGGCUUUCGCACACGCAAGCGCUCCUGUGCCACUCCUGAUGGGAAGAGCACACCGUUCGCCUGCAGCGGGACGCCCGUCGAGUAUCAGGACUGCAACUCUCAGCCAUGCCCAGUGAAGGGGGCGUGGUCAUGCUGGUCUUCCUGGUCCCAGUGCUCUUCUUCCUGUGACGGCGGUCACUACCAGCGCUCUCGAACCUGCUCUAACCCCACGCCUGCUCAUUCUGGAGAGAUCUGCAUCGGCCUGCACACGGAGGAAGCUCUCUGUAACACACACGAGUGUGAAGGUGGGUGGGGGGCGUGGUCAGAGUGGGCGGAGUGUAAUGAGGAGGGGAAGCAGCUCCGCGGUCGACUAUGUGAAUUAAACUCCUCUUGCCAAGGAAACUCUACAGAUCAGAGAACGUGUCGGCCCAAUGAGAGCGCAGUGCUGUCAAAGGGACAGAGGAGGAACUCAAACUGUGGAGGGUUUUCUCUGUUCCACUUGGUGCUGACGGGCGCAUGUUGUUUUGUGGGAGCUGUUCUGCUGUCCGUCCUGGUGUACGUGUACUGUCAGAGACUCCGCAAACCUCCUCAAGAGUCCGCAGUCAUUCAUCCCAGCACUCCCAACCACUUACACUAUAAAGAGAACAGCUGUGCGCCCAAGAACGACUUAUACACACCCAUGGAGUUCAAGGUAUCCCAUCAUGCCACCGGGGUCUCUCUUUUGCAGUGGUCCUUAACUUGUGGUUUGGAUUGUCUGGGCGCCAGGGAUCCGUACUGCGGAUGGGACCGGAGAGAGAAGCGCUGUACGACGAUUGAGGACAGUUCCAACAUGAGCCAGUGGAGCCAAGACAUCACAAAGUGCCCUGAGCGGAAACUUACCCAAGAUGGUGGAUUUGGCCACUGGUCCCCAUGGCAGGCUUGUAACCAUGAUGACGGAGGGGAAGGCACCAGCACGUGUCAGUGUCGCACCAGGUCCUGUGAUAACCCUCGACCCCAGUGUGGAGGGAUGAAGUGUGUCGGUGCCAACAUAGAGGUGGCCAACUGCUCCAGGAAUGGAGGCUGGACCCCCUGGUCGUCCUGGGCCGAGUGCAGCACCAGUUGUGGCAUUGGAUUUGAGGUCCGUCAGCGGUCCUGCAACAACCCAGCACCCCGUCACGGAGGACGCGUAUGCGUAGGUCAGGCGCGAGAGGAGAGAUUGUGUAACGAAAAGAAUCCAUGUCCUGUUCCGGUGUCCUGGCUCUCCUGGAGCGCUUGGUCCAAAUGUAGCGUUGCCUGUGGUGGUGGAGUCCAAUCCCGUGUUCGAACCUGCGAGAAUGGCAACACGUGUCCUGGUUGCCCUCUGGAGUACAAGGCGUGUAAUUUGGACGCGUGUGCCGAGGUGAGGCGCACCACGCCGUACCCCUGGUACGCUGUUAAUGUGACUCAGAUGGGUGCGAGACAGGAACAGAGGGUCAGGUACACCUGUAGGGCUCUCCUCGCUGACCCUCACGACCUGCAGCUCGGCAAACGCAAGAUAGAGACUCGCCUCUGUCCCACCACUGACGGAGCUGCUGUCUGUGAGACUGACGGUCUAGUUGAGGACUUGUUGAGAAUGGGUCGACCCGUCACACGAGUGCAAGGAGCCGCCUGGUCAUCAUGGGAAACGUGGUCUGCAUGUUCCAAAGAGUGUUCCAAAGGCUUUCGCACACGCAAGCGCUCCUGUGCCACUCCUGAUGGGAAGAGCACACCGUUCGCCUGCAGCGGGACGCCCGUCGAGUAUCAGGACUGCAACUCUCAGCCAUGCCCAGUGAAGGGGGCGUGGUCAUGCUGGUCUUCCUGGUCCCAGUGCUCUUCUUCCUGUGACGGCGGUCACUACCAGCGCUCUCGUACCUGCUCUAACCCCACGCCUGCUCAUUCUGGAGAGAUCUGCAUCGGCCUGCACACGGAGGAAGCUCUCUGUAACACACACGAGUGUGAAGGUGGGUGGGGGGCGUGGUCAGAGUGGGCGGAGUGUAAUGAGGAGGGGAAGCAGCUCCGCGGUCGACUAUGUGAAUUAAACUCCUCUUGCCAAGGAAACUCUACAGAUCAGAGAACGUGUCGGCCCAAUGAGAGCGCAGUGCUGUCAAAGGGACAGAGGAGGAACUCAAACUGUGGAGGGUUUUCUCUGUUCCACUUGGUGCUGACGGGCGCAUGUUGUUUUGUGGGAGCUGUUCUGCUGUCCGUCCUGGUGUACGUGUACUGUCAGAGACUCCGCAAACCUCCUCAAGAGUCCGCAGUCAUUCAUCCCAGCACUCCCAACCACUUACACUAUAAAGAGAACAGCUGUGCGCCCAAGAACGACUUAUACACACCCAUGGAGUUCAAGACUCUGAAUAAGAACACCCUGCUUCCACCUGAUGAAAGCUGCAACUUCUUCCCAUCAGCCUUGCCACAGACCAACGUCUACGCCACCACGUAUUACCCGUCUCCUCUGGGCAAGUACGACUUUCCUUCCAUGGAUGCACCCUGCAGCUACAUGCACAGCUGAUGCACAAAGACACACAUCAUGCUUUCUUAGGGGUGUGUGACCACGCUUACACACCCUUGUCCGUCCAUGCAGCUACAUGCAUUGUAAAAUGCAUGGAUCCACAGGAAGGUCGAGCGCAUAACCUGCGUCUCAAAAGAUGCAGGAACACGCAAUGGAUUGUUGUUCGGAUAAGACGGGCCCAUGUAGUUUUCUUGUAGCAUUUCCUUUCCUAAAUGUCAUCUCAAACCGGAAGUCACGGGUUCAGUUGAUCACAUGCGUUGUAAUAACUACAGACUGACACUCACAAAGCAUGCACACUUCCUAAAACGCAGAGGAGCGAGAGGAAUUCUGGCAUCUUCGCUUUUCACGUGAAGCUCAAAACUGAAUGGUGACGUACUGCUUGUGCUUUUCACAAUAGAAAAAAAACGCAAGGCAGAACUCGUUUCGAGUCGAAUGGUUCCAGGCAGCUGUGACGUCUCUCGAUAAGCCUGAACAUCUGUUUCUCUUAUUUUUUCCCUGGUUUAUGUCCUUUCGGCUCCAGAACUCAAGUGGUGGAUGUCAGAUACUAGAUGGACUCAGGAUUACUGGUUGAUGCGACUGGUUGACGUCACACUGGGCGAGGAGCGGUGUACGGUGCAGACUGUUAUCUUCACCGUCCAAUAAAAGACUUGAGCUCAUGGAUAUAUGGCCGUCCGCACACUCUUACACAUCUGUUCAUCAGGAUCAAUAUGUCUGUCAGGCGCUUUUUAAAGGGAAAGUUCAUCCAGAUGAUGACAGUUCUGCCAUCCUUUACUCACCCUCAUGUCACUGCAAACAUUCAUGGCUUUUUCCCACGGCAAGAAACAUAGUCCUAACCCUAUCCCUAUUUCGAAACUUAUCCCUGAAAUCAGUGGGAAAUGAUGAAUAGAAUGAAUAGAAGCAUCUAUCCCUCAAAUCUGAUUGGUUGAUUGGAAUGAUGUUAAUCCAGGAAAAUGUUCCUGGAAAUCAUGUUCACGCUACAGGUGACUAGGGUAAAAAAAUGAAUUAAUUAGAUAAUAUAAAUCAGAAAAUACUGUAAACAGAAAAAAAUCUCCUUAUUUUUUGGAAUGAACUGUUAUAUAAAACAGGUUAAUGAUAUAUUGAACAAACCCUUCUGUAAAAACCUUCGGAAUAUAGAUAUUGAGAAAACUGGUAUUUAUUAUGAGUGAAAUCUACACAUGCAACUAGAUGUAAUGAAAAAAAAAACAAUAAUGUG